UUAAGCUCAUGUUCUCUCUCUGUUUCUCCUCCUCAUAGCAGCUACACCUGGGCUCAUUUCUGUUCAGCUGUGACCCCUUCCUGGAGGGAAGCUGAGCUGCUGCCAACAACAUCAGGUUCCCUUUCAGUGGAUGACACACCUGGAUCCACUCCGGCCACAAGCAGAACCAGGACUGAACUAAACACAGGAACAACAGAGACUGGUGAAACCUCUGAAUCCCAGUAGGCCCAGUAUGAACCAUCUUCAUGAUGAGCUCCUAGGAAGGAGGCGUCGUCUCUGAAAGCAGCCAAAGACCUGAACUGUGACGUUCAGGAAGCAGCAGAUAAAAAAGCUUAAAGUAGGAAGUCUUCAGAGUCUGGAGCCACAUCCUGAUCACAUCAAGAGACGAAGCUUCACUCCACAUCAGAGGAAACAUGGAGCAAACGGCUCUGAUGCUGCUUCUGUGUCUCUGCAGCUCAGCUCUGUCUGAUGAAGUCAGACUGGCAGCAGGAAGGAGUCGCUGUGGUGGCCGACUGGAGAAGAAGGAUCUGGGAGACUGGAAACCAGUGAAUUAUUGGAAGUGGGACCGGAACCUUACAUCAGCAUCUGUAGCUUGCAGACAGCUGCACUGUGGAUCUGUGGUGUCGAUACAAAGAGAUGAUGACGACAAUCUACAGAUCAUCUGCUCAGACUCAGUCAGGCUGGUUCAAGGGACCAACNUU